AUGGUCGAAGAGGAGACUGGCGUACUGGUUUCGCCAGAUGACAUUUUCCUGUACCAUGAGAGAUUUCGUCACAAACAGCAGCAAGACAUAGUGGCAAUCUGGCGUGAGUUUGCCGCGACAGGCAGCCAUACGAACAAAAUUGAUAGGGGAGAACACGAAUUCGAAAGCAGUAGCACGACCAGAAAUUUUUUCUCAGGCCCAUCCGGAGGUGCACCAAGUUCUCUGGAUGUUUUGGAAACUUCCGCUCGUCCUGGUGUUUGUACGUUUUCCCUCUUGGCAACAUCAAGUCUCAACACUGCUCCUGCAGGUGAUGACGGUGGUAGCGGUGGUGUGGGUAGAGCAGGAGAGAAUGACCGACGUCGAGGUCCAAAAUUUGGCUCUUGGCCGACAUUCACCGUAUUUCGAAAUCAUGAGGCUUCUAGAACAGGUCGACAAGAUCAUGAGGCUAGUUUUGUGGAGGCACCAGAAGAAUUGUUUUUGCUUUUUGAUGACAAGAAAGACGCGAACAAUGUACUAGUACAUCAGACCUACGAUUACGAAGCACGACUUGCGGAAGGAGGUCUGGUGCCAGGACGAUCCAUCGAGUACGACCUUGAUGUGGACACGGCAGAUGCAGAGCGCAUUUCUCGAGUUAGUUUUCAGUUACAAUUUUUGAAAUGGUUACGAGGACCGACAAUGGAUUUCGUAGAACAAAUCACUGCAUCAAAGUCUUCGGACGAGGAAAACGUAACCGACUUGUUGGUGAUGGGCAUGGGCGAGGACAAAGACGACGUAGAAACCUUGACUUUGACGGCUUCGUCUAGUACUACGUCUGGAAUCACAGGUCGCAUUCGCAGGUACAUUGGAACCUCGAGAGGUCGGAACAUUAUGCUGAGGCGUUUGAUUGGCGACAAGAAGAAUGUCAAUAAUCAUGAUGGGGAUGCUGGUGGUUCGCAUGAUGAGGACCAUGAAGAGCCCGCCAAACCCGUAGUCGAAGCAGGACAAUUCCAUAUAUCUCGAGCCAUCAGUGUGAUAGUGGACGCGAAAACUGGGGUUCCUUCAAUUUUGCGUGACGAGCCACAGGAGGACAGAGGAGGGCAAGGAGGUACCCCUAGGACUUUGUGAUGUUAAGAAGUGAAUCUCCGCUUCCCAUUGAUUUGUUUGAGCUCAUCCAUAACGAUCUUUCGGGGGCGCUCACAGAUAAUCCGGACAAGGAUUUACUCUGGUGCUGUGCUGUCGCGACAAAUUUUGGCUUCGCAACCAAAACGAGGCCAAAACGCAAGCCGGGAGAUCACCUCAAGGGCUUCCGCCGUUAUUUUCGUGGUGUUAUCGGUGCCGGCCGCGUCUGGGAGAUCAAGGCGAAGCUACUCGGGGUCGGGGGCUCCAUCAGCGUACUGAACACAAAGGAGCCCCAGGCAUCCGCUGAGCGUGAUCGCUUGGACGGGGUACAGGAUGCGGCGGAUGCUCUCCGCGAAGAGCUAGAGCUGGAGCGCGGGCACUCGCGUGCCGUGUUUGAGGAGUGGCAGGCCACUCAGAACCGACCUGGUCAGAAACUGCCGCAACUUGAUCACAGCGCUGAAGAAGGCUCUCGGGCUGAGUGGUGCAAGCAAGCCUGUCGCAAUGGUGAGCCAGAGGGCCCGGCUGAUGAAGACGAGCGCGGGCGCCUUCCUCGUUCAACGCGGUGGGAGAAAUUGGGGGCAGCCCCUGGCGAUAUCGAGGCGGGCUAGGUGCUAAGUAUACGAGUCGGGCUUGGGCUUAUCGAUAUUGGUAGGCUGGCAAAGAAAGGGGCGCGCGCGCGCGUCAAUGAUCUCGAUGGCCAUGGUGGACGGCUGACGCUGGCGGGGGGUCGGUGCGGUGUCUUGCUCAGCACCCGAAGAGUGGGAGGGCGUUGUAACGGGCCAAGCGAUUGACGGAGCUCCGCACGGAGAUCAUUCAUGGACCCCAGGCGGCAGCUUCUCUGAGCAGAGCUAACAUGCGAAAAGGGUCAGCCUGCCCGUGAGCGUCUCCGCCUGGGUUAUGGCCUGAAUGCUGCGAAGCGUGCUCCGGAGGCGCUCGCAAAUGAUAUGAUGGCGCUGGCUCUUCGAGUUAUGUCGCGGAAGGUCUUUAGUAUUGAGAUUGAGAAGGCUGCCUUGGUGCCUGUCUCAAAGCUGGCAAGCGUCGAGUGAUGUAAGUAGUCGAAGAGAUAGGCUGAGGCUGAGGCCCUCUCUGCGUGGUGGAGUUUUUAUGGCUGCGUUCGGUUGUCGGCUGGCGCGGGCUGCUAGGGACAUAAUGCGGGGGGAGGCGGCCACGCAAGGUGUGCUUGGUUGGCCGUCUCUGACCUCCUCGCGUCUCUGUGUUAUAUAUUUUCUGGCUUUUUGUUUUUCUUGAGUGGGUCCCUUAAUGUUUUUCCGUGAUCCCGCCUUUCCCUUUGAUCGAUCCUUCCUCUGACAAGAGUAGUACGAUGGAAGCUCAUGCAUCUGACUGAUGCGUAGAUGUAGAGGUAGAGCUGGAGUUUUUUCGUUGCUCUUUCUGCUUCCAAGCUUAUUUUUUUUGAGCUUGUCGGCCAUCGGAUCGCGCAGCAGCCAGUGCCAAGACCGUUUAUUUUAUAUAUAUCUUUUCAAGAUGCUUAGAAGUACAAGAACUACAAGAAGCUGCAGUAUUUGUGAUGCGCUAACCUCAUACAUCGACAACUCAUUAGACAUAAUCUGGUUUCCUAAAAAAUCCCUCCAUGAUCAGAUCUACGACCAAACGCUGCCCUGGUGAGGAGUACGCUAACAGAUUCUGCUUUGGGCCGUGAGUGUAGCGUCGUUUUAUCAAAGAAGCGCCGUUUUUCUGAACUGACGGCUGGAGCUCGCUCGGAAGGCACGAUUACACUUGAGAUAUGUGAAGACGCCGUAUUGUCCGAGCAGGAUGGUGAAGAUGAUGCGCUUGCGCAGCGCGACACUGCUUCUAACAGCAGCGACAAGACCAGGGACAACGCCUCUAGUCGUAGCAGAUCGUCGCUUUAUGCUUGUUCAUCGAGGUCAUUCUAUGUAAUAUGUCGUGUGUAAGUGCAUCUCGCAUUCACGUGAUUGAAAAACCUGGAAAGGAGGUUGGAUUUUGCAUUCUUUCGAAACAAGUAGAAUCAAUUGCUUUCUUGUAGUACUAGUUGUAGGAGGGUAGGAGGUAGUACUAGUAGUACUAGUACGCACGUUCAUCAAACUUGUCUAUGUAUUCUGUCUAAUUUUCAUUCGGCCAGCAUGGUCACACUCUUUUUCGGGAGCGUGUCUUCCGCUUAUCGCUUGUUGGCGAUAUGAAUGACAGUGAACGUAGAGCGGUUCUCGGGCGUCGCGAAAUACGGAUUGCAAGACUGAAGUCUUCUGCUCGGCAUGGCGUAAAGGUGGAAGAACAAGAUACCCUCAGCAGCAAUUAUCACGGCAAUCCUGCUAUGAGACUGACGAGACAAGAUGAAGAAGAUAUUGAGGAUCUUCAGUUUGCCGAAACAGCUGGCUUGGAAUGUGUUGCAGCUCCUACAACCAGUAGUCCUGGGAAAAGCUUUGAAGAGACACAUCACGAUAUUGAUUUUGGACUUGCCUCCCUGAUUUUGGAACUGCAAGACGAACAAAGCAACCAUAAUAGGAACGGCGUCGCCUUUGCGACUACGUGGUUGUACCUGAACCACUGUUUUCGACUGGUUGCUGCACGCCGCUUAGCAUCCGGGACAAAGGGUGUUCGGAAGGAGGAAGUGAAGCUUGACCAUGACAAUGCUGUUGACAACGAGAUCCUGCUUGUUCCUGUCAAUGUGAGUGACGAAAAUGAGUAUUUGGUGGAUAUCUUGAAGCUCCUUCAUUCAUCGCACGGACCACAGCUUCAACAAGAAGAACAAGAACACUGGCUAGAAGAGCAACAAGAUAUAAUAUUACAGGCGUCUACUCCCGCCUCUCUUCGACAAGAUAAGCAGGACGAACUUGAUUCUGUUUCUAUCGUAAACCCCGCUGAAGAUCUUAUGUUGGCUAGAGGCGUGCUUGCGGUGGAUGAGACUGGCACUCUCCGAAGAUUGCGGUCCUCCAGGAGGAGGCCUCCUCGCAGAAAAAAGAGUGGCAACGGAGGAGAAACAUCCUCUGAAGAUGAUACAAGCCUCACCGAGCACAGUAAAGCCACCAAUUAUAGUACGAAAGCAGAAUACCUCCAAGAUGGUGCCCGAAGCACGACUCGCACAGGCAGAACGAGACUGCCGCUUUUGCCUACACGCUUUCGCUUCCCUAAAGUGCGCUCGUCGGGACUGCGGUUUGGCGCGAUUGCUGAUGGACGUCACAAGAUGCGUAGCCGCCACCCUUUCAGGAUGGAAAACUUAGUCGUAUCUUUGCAGAGAUACUGA